GUGAGGGUGGCGACUGAAGGCAUCAAUGGAACAGUUGGGGGCACCAGCGUGGCGACUGACGUUUACAUCGACGCUAUGCGUUCACACCCUCUCUUCAAGAUGGACAAAGAGGAUUUUAAGACAAGUGAAGGCAGCGCAGAGUGUUUUAAAGACCUGAGGGUCGGCGUCUAUAAGGAAAUCGUCCCAAUGGGAGUAGAUCCUGAAAUGAUUUCCUACCAACUGGCAGGAGUUCAUUUGGAGCCGCAGGAGUUUCAUAAAGAAGUGGAGGCUCUUUUGGCGAAAGGGGAUUUGUGCAGUGACACUGUCCUCCUGGACUGCCGCAACUUUUAUGAGAGUAAAAUUGGGCAGUUCACUCAGUGUUUGGCCCCGAGCAUCCGUAAGUUCAGCUACUUCCCGGAUUACGUCGACCAGAACCUCGAACUGUUCAGAGACAAGAAGGUGUUGAUGUACUGCACCGGAGGGAUCCGUUGUGAGCGCGGCUCCGCUUACCUCCGCUCCAAA